AUGGCCACCCAAGUUAAGGAGAAGGCGUCAGCCUCCCAGUUCGAAAUCGGCACCCAAGACCACCAUCUCCAGAACAAGGUUCGCGCCAUCAAGAUGCUUGAUGGCGUGCGGACCGGUCUCACCAUCCUCGCUCUGAUCAUGGGCGUUUCUGUCCUGGGCGUCUCGGCCGAUACCCUCCAAGUCUACAACGCUACCAGCGUGCCGCCUGGGUAUGAGCAGCUGCUACCUCUGUGGCCCCAAAACUUCAACCUCCGCCCAACUGUGGCAUUGGUGGUUGGCGCCGCUUUUGUGGUGGUGGCCAAUGCUGUCUCGGUACUUUGCAGCCGAAUCGCGAUUGUUCGCAAUCGCUCCAUGGUACACACCUCGCAGUCACUUGCAGCCCCGUUCGUGGGCCUUGUCGCAGCCCUCAUCGCCAUGAUAUUCUUCUACGCUGUCAAUGCCUCGGACAUCGAGGACACCCUCCUGAGCUGGACCUGCCGCUGGAAGACGCUGUCCAUGGUCCAGAACCCCCACUUUGGCACCCUGUGCAAGGAGAGCUGGGCCGGUCUCUACCUGACCAUCCUCCUCAUCCCCGUCGAGGUCGCCGUCCUCGCCGUCGCUGCGUACCAGGCCAAGCUGGAGAAGUACGCGAGUGCUUACACCUAUGCUAGGGACACGCCCAGCCCCAGCACCCGUGUGGGUUCUGUGAGGGAGGAGGGUGCGUAA